UGUGAGUCAUUACAAUGACAAGAAACAGCUUCUCCAGGAGAGCCAAGAGGAAGUGGCCAAGCUGAAGCACACCCUGGAAGUAAAAGAGCGGGAAGUGAACGCCAGUGGUACGGAGCUCAAAUUGCUCCAGCUGCAAUUGGAAAAGGCUCAAAGCAAGGAAAAGGACAUGCUGAGCAAGCUGGCCCGUUUGGAGGCACAGGCGGCCUUUUCUGACUUCAACCUGCAUGCACACAAUCAAAUCCACGACCGUCAAGGAGAAACAUCGGAGAUGUGUUACCUGGAACUUCCGGACUUGCACGCAAAUGUUCACAAAGUGGAGCCAGAGAGAAUGAUGAGCUCAGACAGUCUCGACCAAAGCUCCCUCGAAGACUCGCUGAACAGCACAAGGAAGCUUUCGGCGCCUGGUGAAUCGAGCACGCCACUUGUCCGUAGUUCUGAAAGACUGGCGGCCAAACGUCGUGGUCUGAAGGCAGAGUCACUGGAAACUCUUUAUUUUACACCAAUAAAGACAAGACACAUCCACAGAGCAACUGCGGAAAUCAAAACAAGAAAGGAUCUCCCCUGCUUAAAUCCAUCGUCUGUGAAAAGACAGCGGACGACACGGGUUAUAAACGUAACCAUGACAAAGAAAACUCCAGGUGGCGUUGAACAUGAUGAGACGUUCUACAGCCUGGCUUCAGCUCAAUCGCAGCCCAACCUCUCCGGUGCCCGUGGCGCACGCCCUGCGUUCAUGGAGCUCUCCGACACGCCGGCGAAAAUGACCGGAGCUGUCAGCGACCAGCUCAGCGGUCUUCCUGGUUCUCGGCGGAGCACGAUCCAUUCGCAGACCACAAGUAUGUUUUGCGUCGGGGCAGUGAACGAGCCAGAAGGUGCGCCUGAUGAUUGGAUGAGGAUUGCUGAGCUCCAGGCCAGGAACAAAGCCUGCCUUCCUCAUCUCAAGAGCAGCUAUCCUGUCGAGUUUGAGACUGGCUUCAAGACCGCGCUAACGUUCACCGACGAAGAUGUCCGGACUGGUGACCCAACGGAGACCAUUCGUCGAGCAUCCGUCAUGCCGGGCCACCUGCAAGAAUCCGUCGCUUCACAUCGCCUCUCCCUUGUGGCGCCACACUCGAGUAGCACAUCCAGCGUCCGCUCUCACCGUCUGGCCAGGAUGGCGGGCUACCCACCAUCUAAAUCGGUCAGCUCGUCUCAGCUGAGAUGCUCAAAGAGGUCUGCGUCCACGUUGUCUGCUACUCAGACUUCACCCGAGGUUGACCGCAGGCAGUCCAUGAUGUUCACCAUCGACAACACCCCUAAGAACAGCACCAACUACUUCAAAAGAGGCCUGAAUAAACUCCGUAGCUCCACCUGCAAGUCACCAGGCAAAACCUCCAAGAAAUCUCCUGCGAAGACCACGCACAAAGAUAAUAAACCGGUCCCCACUUCUCGUGCUGUGGCGGGUCGAGCGGGCCGAGAGCGAAGCUUCAAGUCACCCCAAGUGGUCUACAAAGAGAACAAGACGUCUCGAACUUUUGACAAGUCUCCACGGUUAACGGAAAGCGCUCGAAUGAGUCCGUCCAUUACAAAAAUCUUCCUGGAAGAAUGACAAGGUCUAUGAUCAAUGAAAAUGAUUUGCCUGCUGCUUUUAGUUUCCUGUACUUGUUGUGGCAUCUGGUGGUUGGUUCACAAUAACAAACUGGUGAUCAAGUUACUGCGUGUAAGUGGUUCUUACAUGAUAGUGCUAUUUAAAUUUUGUGCACCUGUUUUUUUAUGCAUUCUAAUUACCGU